AAUGGCUCUGCCACCAUGAAGGACAUGAAUGAGUAUGACAACAUAGAGGAGUUCGCAGAGGGAUCCAAGAUCAACGUGAGCAAGAACCAGCAGGAUGAAGGUAAAAAGUUUGUUGGAGGCUUGAGCUGGGAUACAAGCAAGAAAGAUCUGACUGAAUAUUUGUCUCGAUUUGGGGAAGUUGUAGACUGCACAAUUAAAACAGAUCCAGUCACUGGAAGGUCAAGAGGAUUGGGACUUGUGCUUUUCAAAGAUGAUGCUAGUGUGGAUAAGGUUUUGGAACUGAAAGAACACAAACUGGAUGGCAAAUUGAUAGACCCUGAAAGGGCCAAAGCUUUAAAGGAGAAAGAACCCCCUAAAAAGGUUUUUGUGGGUGGAUUGGGUCCAGACACUUCAGAAGAACAAAUUAAAGAAUAUUUUGGAGCCUGAGAGAUAGAAAAUAUUGAGCUUCCCAUGGAUACAAAAACAAAUGAAAGAAGAGGAUUCUGUUUUAUCACAUACACAGAUGAAGAGCCAGUAAAGAAAUUGUUAGAAAGCAGAUACCAUCAAAUAGGUUCUGGGAAGUGCGAAAUCAAAGUUGCACAACCCAAAGAGGUGUACAGGCAGCAACAGCAGCAACAGAAAGGUGGCAGAGGGGCUGCAGCCGGUGGAAGAGGCGGUGCUAGGGGCCGCGAUAGAGGUCAGGGCCAAAACUGGAACCAAGGAUUUAAUAAUUACUAUGAUCAAGGAUAUGGAAAUUAUAAUAGUGACUAUGGUGGUGAUCAGAACUAUAGUGGCUAUGGCGGCUAUGAUUAUACUGGGUAUAACUAUGGGAACUAUGGAUAUGGGCAGGUAUACGCAGACUACAGCGGUCAGCAGAGCACUUAUGGCAAGGCUUCCCUCGGGGGGCGGCAACCACCCUACCGAAGGAGGCCAGGAGAUCAGGAGGUGUAA